CCUCUUCCUUUCUUUCUGCCUUCAGCUGUACUGCAAGCCCGCUGCUACUCUCACGGGUCACAAGAAUCAGAUGAAGAAUUUGAUGCUCGCUGGGUGACGUAUUUCAACAAGCCAGAUAUUGACGCCUGGGAGCUCAGGAAAGGCAUAAACACGCUUGUGGGUUAUGACCUUGUUCCGGAACCAAAAAUCAUCGAUGCGGCUCUGAGGGCGUGCAGACGGUUAAAUGAUUUUGCCAGUGCCGUCCGCAUCUUAGAAGUUGUAAAGGACAAGGCAGGACCUCACAAGGAAAUCUAUCCUUACGUUAUCCAGGAACUUAGACCAACUUUGAGUGAACUGGGAAUCUCCACUCCGGAGGAACUGGGCCUGGACAAAGCAUAAACUGUAUCGGUGCAUUACUCGAGCAUUUUGCUGAUGCUACCUGAUUGUACGCGGUCGCCCGGAGACACAAACGUUUAAAAUAUUACCUUUUAUUUGCCAGAACUUCUUCCUUUAUUGAGUCACAAUGUAGGCGAUGCGAAGUUGGACCUAAUAAAGGAAAAAAUAGUUUGACUGAUGUGG